AUGCGUCGUGCCGCUACGAGGGCGUUUCGGACGUGUCAAUGCACCGUUCGAGGCCACCGCGGUCUCUCGUACCGAGCUAAUCGACGGGGCUCCUACGUCCACAGCUCGCUGCUGCAGAGUCAGAUCCCUGCCCACUCCCAACAGCCCCUCCGCUUCUCCUUCACCUCGCGAGCGCCCAUCAAGCAUGCCCACACCGUAAGAGAGCCUCUCCAAUCCUCGAUGAAUGCACGAAGGGCCAUCGUCGCCCUGCUGUCCGGUAUUGUCGGCUACGGCGCCUACUACACCUACAACGGCAACUCGACCGACACCGCCGCCGCCCUCACCCGCGGCUUCUCAUCAUCCUCGUCCUCGCCCACCAGCCCCGGCGAUGCCAUCCCCACCCGCUCCGUCCUCGUUAUAGGAGCCGAAGAACUGUCCACCGGCACAUUUGUUGGGGAGGGGCCGAUAAGCAAGACGACGGAUGACGAGGGCCGCGCCAUUGUCGAGAUGCUGACGGCUGACCAGUCGACGCAGAAGCUGAGGAAGAUGGAGGAGUCCUACCUGGUCAACAGAGGGAAGGGCGUCGUCAGGUACGAUCAGGUCCAGCUGCCAAGCAACAACCCGAUCGAGGACGACCACGCCGAGAAAAUCGUCGAGGUGCCCGUAAGGGGAGACUCGGAGUCUGGCAGCGACUGGAUGUUCUGGGGAGUCUUUGACGGUCAUUCCGGUUGGACAACUUCGGCGAAGCUGCGACAGGACCUCAUCCGCUACGUCGCCCGCGAGCUCAAUGAGACAUACAAGGCCGGCGGGAAUUCUCCCACAUCGGAGGCCGUCGAUAUCGCCAUGAAGAAGGGCUUCACACGUCUGGACGACGAGAUUGUCCACCACAGUGUGCAGGAAGUCUUGAAGUCAAACUCUCGCUCUGUCGCCGCCGAGCUGCUCGCGCCAGCGCUAUCUGGGUCAUGUGCUUUGUUGUCGUUCUACGACAGCCAGUCCAACCUCCUACGUGUCGCCUGUACUGGAGACUCUCGGGCCGUUCUGGGGCGUCGCUCCGACAGUGGAAAGUGGACCGCUACUCCGCUGUCGGUCGACCAGACCGGCGGUAACCCAGAUGAGGCCAACCGGUUGCGUAAGCAGCACCCUGGUGAAGAGCAUGUCGUUCGAAAUGGUAGAAUUCUGGGAGGCCUGGAGCCUUCGCGUGCGUUUGGGGAUGCUAGCUACAAGUGGAGCAAGGACAUUGCGGAAAAGCUGCGGCAAUCGUUCUUCGGCCGCUCCCAGUCUCCCCUCCUCAAGACGCCCCCAUAUGUGACAGCGGAGCCAGUGGUCACGACUACCAAAGUCCAGCCCGAGAAGGGCGACUUCCUGGUUCUGGCCACCGACGGCCUGUGGGAGAUGCUUACCAACGAAGAAGUCGUCGGGCUCGUGGGCAAAUGGCUCGAAACUGAGACCAACAAGGCUUCAACUUCACAGUUCGACUCGGUGUGGACUAGGAUCUUCGGCGCGUCGCAGAAGAACGGCCUUCCAGUCGAGCAAGGCACAACUGCAGCCGGUGAUGACGGCCAGAAGACACCGAUCCGUGUGCGACAAUGGGGCAUCUCAAAAGACGACGACAGAUUCGUUGUGAAGGACAGCAACGUCGCUACCCAUCUCAUCCGCAACGCCCUGGGCGGGAAGAACGAGGAGAUGGUCUCGGCGCUCCUGACACUGCCGUCUCCUUAUUCGCGACGAUAUAGAGAUGACCUCACGGUCCAAGUCAUCUUCUUUGGCAACGGCGAGAAGGCGCAGAACCAGAGCGAGGAGGUCGUCAUUAACAAGGAUGCCACCGCACCGCCCAAGCCACUCAAGGCAAAGCUGUGA